ACACAAGGUUAAUGUUCAUCUGUAGCGCACGUGUAGUAUAUGGAAAGCAGUGUUAAGGAAUUACAGCAACUCCUUUAACAGGCUGCAGGCAUCAAAGGGUGGCGGGGGGGGGCCUCUGCGCAGCUCUCCCGUUCAGCCCCAAAUCACAUGGGCUCUGUGCUGCCGCUGCAAGCUGACCGGAUCUCUGCCUCAACUGUCGGAGCUGCACAAACAGUGAUAGUGGGAGGUGUGGUGUGUGCAAGGGGAUACGCAGCUCUGUGGGAAGACUCUUUAGCAUUUAAAAUGGCCUCAGUCCUGCAGAAGCUGAUCACCCCGCUGCUCAGUGGUCCUCCUGAACCCUCAAGGAAUAAAGUGACAGUGGUGGGUGUGGGCCAGGUUGGCAUGGCCUGUGCUGUCAGCAUCCUGCUCAGAGAGCUGGCUGACGAGCUGGCCCUGGUGGAUGUGAUGGAAGACAAGCUGAAAGGAGAGAUGAUGGACCUGAAGCAUGGCAGUCUCUUCCUCAGAACACCCAAAAUAGUUGCAGACAAAGACUACUCUGUGACAGUGAACUCCCGCAUCGUGGUGGUGACAGCUGGAGUCCGUCAGCAGGAGGGGGAGAGCAGGCUGAACCUCGUCCAAAGAAACGUCAACAUCUUCAGGCACAUCAUCCCCCAGAUUGUCAGAUACAGCCCCGACUGCAUUAUUGUUGUUGUUUCAAACCCAGUUGAUGUGCUGACUUAUGUAACCUGGAAACUGAGUGGCCUUCCCAAGCACCGCAUCAUCGGUAGCGGCACCAACUUGGACUCGGCCCGCUUUCGCUUCCUGAUUGCUGACAAACUGGGAAUCCAUCCCAGCAGCUUCAACGGAUGGAUCCUAGGAGAACAUGGAGACACCAGUGUGCCUGUGUGGAGUGGGACUAACGUAGCUGGGGUCAACCUGCAGACGUUAAACCCGGACAUCGGCACCAACUGUGACAGUGAGAACUGGAAGGAGACCCACAGGAUGGUGGUGGACAGUGCUUACGAGGUGAUCAGACUGAAGGGUUACACCAACUGGGCCAUUGGUCUAAGUGUAGCUGACCUGACAGAGAGCCUCAUGAGGAACAUGAACAGGGUUCACCCUGUUUCUACCAUGGUGAAGGGCAUGUAUGGCAUCAGUGAUGAGGUGUAUCUGAGUCUGCCCUGUGUGCUGAACAGCGGGGGUGUGGCCAGUGUGAUAAACAUGACCCUGACAGAUGAAGAGGUGGCCCAGCUGCAGGCCAGUGCCAGUACACUGUGGGACAUCCAGAAGGACCUGCAGCAUCUCUAGAUGGUCAGCAGGAGGCACAAAUACCUGCACGUCACCUACAGUAAUAUCACUUUCCUGUUGCUAAAAGCACAUAGCUCCACCUUCUGUCCACUGUAGAUUGAUGGGUGUAUGUAUGUGGCUUAAUCCCAUUAGAUUUAGCUGUAGAGUCAGAGUGUGUACACGUUGGCUCACUGGAGACCAAUUGUAACACCAGCUGAGUUAAACGCUGCUCAGUUCAAAUUCAGCUCUUGUUCGGCUGGGUAGUUGUCUGGAUUUCCUACCCCUUCAUUAAUUUAGCCAUGUUUACAGUGUAUUUAAUGUAAACUGGUUGCUUAAGUUGUGGAAAUAAAACAAGAGAAUGUGGAAACCAAUAGUGACAUUUGG